UCAACACCCAACGCCAACGACCUUGGGCCCUGAAUCGGAUGUCAAGAUCUAUCAACCUCGUCUCAAAGCUCCAUCAUGCUUUGCAAAGGUCGGCUUUCACGGGCUUGCUCCACUCGUCUCGGAACUUGUUCUUUUGAUCCUGCGUUUCCUGUAAGUCAGACUAAGGCAGGCUUACACGAUGGGCAUGCUUGACUGAUCCGCAUCAGGAGUUGGUUGAUUGAUUCUGAUGAAUUGGAUCUUGAAAAAAAUGUUGUUGCACCGCUGCGUAUUUGCUGAUUUCAGUUCAUACAGGAAUAGCUACUCAAUUAUCCGCAAUCGUACAAUUCGGUCUCGAAUCCAGAACAAGAAUAAAUGCAGACAUAUUAAUGACAGCCCGGCAAAGCCAAAUAAUGGGACUUGUUGCAAUUAACCCGGCAGUGACACCAAAUGCAACACCUUGACCUCUCAACCAUUUAAACCGGCUGACAAGAGCCUCUCACAACAACCCUAGAGUCGGACAAACAGGCCUCAGCCGCACACGAUGAAAAUGUCAGCAGAGGCUGCGCUGGCAAUGCAUGUCAGCCAUUAGGAAGCCUGAUCCAAGUUGGGGGCCAGAAGCGAAUUCACCCCCGCUACGCCUGCAGCCCGCUAGCGUCACGUCCAAUCGCUCAGCCCUAACAGCAACAUCUCCUCACAUGAGGUUGCCGCCUAGAGACCACGGCCUGUGGUCAUCAUCAUGGCCUCAUCUUAAGUGUCGCAGCCUGAUGUGGGCGGUGUGAUACUUUCUGCCAUGCGUCUAUGUAGCAAUCGACAGUUCUCAACGAAAUCAGCGCGUCAACCUCACCCGUAACCAGCUGCCGGGGACACUGAGGAGGCGAGGAACUAUCGCGAUCGCGCCACCCGUGGCUCUUCACCCACUGUGCCUUCGCCAUGAUCAUCCCCAGCCUCGACGUUGUUUACCCAAUCCACAUGAACCAUGUGCCGCCAGGAUGGAGACCUCUCGUGAAUCUCAUAUGUGUCCAUGACUUGGGCGGGUCCCCCAAGUCAAGCUGGCACCAUGAUGAAUCUGGCAAAACCUGGAUCUCAGACCCCGACUUUCUCGGGAGCUUCAAGGAUUCAGUCCGUGUUUGGACCUAUGGAUACAAUUCGGACCCGGCGGCAAACAUGACGCCUGCGAGCAUCGCGCUCCAUGCCGACGAGCUGUUGAUAUCGAUGAUAUCCAACUACAGCAAAUAUCCUGGCGGCUCUACUGUUUUCAUUGCUCACGGGCUUGGAGGAAUCAUUGUGAAAAAGGCAAUUGAGCUAUCUUCCAACUAUCUAGAAUACUUCGCUGUCAAAGGGUCCACUGUCGGCGUCGUCUUUCUCGAUACAGUUCACCAUGCAACAGACUCCGAGGGAGUCCUGGAAGCUGUUAAAUCAACAGUGGCAGCGACUCUACUGAAGCACUCCACAAGACCGUCCGUUGACGAUGUCAGACAAUUUGCGGAAGCUGUUCGAGAAGUCAACAAGACUUUUCUCACACAGGCGCCAUUAGACUUGACAAUUCUCAACUUCAUUGCCACGCGUCGAGUUGAAAUUACGUCUGAAGAUGGUACAACCUACAAGACUUUGCUUGUGCCCAAACGACGGGCCGAUAUGGAUCCAACACAGGGCCAGAACUCGCUGGUAGCUUGCCAUCACUUCCAGUUAACGCAGUUCCCAUCCCCCUCAGAUAAGAUAUACAGCCUGUUGGCAGAUCAGGUUGGCGAUAUGAUGACAAAGCUAUCGUCUUCAACCAACAAACGAGUGUUCUUCGUGCCGCCACCCCCUUUGGCACCCACGACAGCUAAUCCCCCGCCCCCUUCACCACCUCCUGGGCCUCCUGGGCCUCCAGGCCCGCCGGGCCCGCCAGGACCCCCAGUGUCUCUGCCGCCGCCACCACGAAGUGGGAUUCCCAUGGGCCCACCACCGCGAGAUCAGGCCAACGAGGCAUUUAGUUUGUGGGCCAAGAAGAAAGAAGCUGCCGACAAAAAAAGGCACCGAGACAUCCUCGUCAACAAACUCGGCCGAUGGGACGAGCAUCAUCUCGGACACGAUAUACAUCCGACACCAGAUACUUGUACCUGGAUACAGUCCCACGACUUCUUCAAAAGCUGGGUCAAGUCCAACAAGACCGCAGGCCUUUUUGUCCAGGGCGCCACGGGAUGCGGCAAAACUCACUUGGCCAAGUCCAUCGCCAACCACCUGUCCUGGGACCGGCCUCGAUCUCCUCCAGAUAACAAUAUAGUGCUCUCGUUCUUUUGCAACGUCAGCACUGUUGGGAACAAGAAGCCACCAAUCGCCCAGUACUUCGUCCGAUCGCUUAUUCAACUGCGGCCAGUCUGGUCUGAGUCUAUAGCGCCUUACUAUAAAUGGCAGAAGCUGAGAAGCCACUUCGAGCUGCCGGCACUGUUUGACAUCCUACGCGACAUCAUGAGCCAGAUGCAAUAUAGUACGGGCCCGCUGAAGACUACGGCUGUUUUCCUCAUCGUGGAUGGUCUGGAUGACUGUGAUGUUACCUAUGCCCGGGAGUUCCUCCGCCUUGUGGGAAGUCUCCUUGACCACCCGGUGGCUCGCUCGUCCCCAGCUACCGGCCCUUCUCUUCCAGGACAAGGUUAUCCGCGCGAAACUGUCAGGUUCAAGUUCUUAUUCACGUAUAGCGCUUGCGAGAUUUUGAAUCUGAACUCCUGCGUACCCAACUCCGCUAGGAUCCAGAUGACUGAUUCUGCAAUUCGCAAAGACAUCGGCACUUACGUGGACAGGGAGUUGGACAUCCUGUCCACGCUUCGGGAUCUGAACGGGCCGCCAGAAGGGAUCCGAUCUUGGAUCAAGAAUAAAUCGGAGUCGUUCUUUUGGUUCGCAAAAUACUCCAUCGAAGACGCAAUGAGUACGACCGAAGAUGGCGAGGGAUUCUCCUUCAGUGGAAGAGUGUUCCCGUGCCCUUCUAGCCUGGGGAAAUACUACGACAGAGAUCUCCUACCAUUGUUUCAGACCAUCGACGAGGAUGGGAAAUAUGCUCUGUCAGCUGUGCAAAUCGUACUCGGCUAUCUCGGUAUACCCACCAGAGCCGAAAUAUGCGAUGCAAUCGCCUGUCUUCACGGAGACCCCAACUUGAGAUUCCUCGACCUCCCCAACUUCUUGAGACAACGGUGCCCCAGACUCAUUAAUUCUUUGGAUGAAGAGGAUUUCAGAAUCAGUCAUCCUUCUCUGAUCUACCACGUCAGACGUUACUACCUCAGCGAGAAAGAGCAGCACGCAAACAUGGCAUUCCUGUGUAUAAAGUACCUCUUCGGAUCUGACUUUAGAAGCUUCAAGUCGAUCAUGCCUCCCAACAUCUCAGUGCGUCACCCGUUCUUCUCAUAUGCGGCAAACAACUGGAGAGAACAUCUCCGUCGUGCGGGCGACAAGAUGGUCAGACUGCUCCCCCUGCUGGGCGAUUUCGUCAACUCUGCGAACUACAGAACCUGGUCAGCGCAUUACUCCUGGAACAUUGAAUUUACACAUCAUCGGAUGGUGAUAGAUGACACCUUCGUCUCUCCCGUGUUCACAUUCAUUGAUGCUAAUAUUGGCCAUCUGACCCACGAAAUUCAGUGGGCAGGGAGAGGAGAGGCGUGGUCUUGGAAGAAUGAGCUUCUCAGACAGACAUGGCGGUACUUGUACGAGCGUAAACAAACCCCUGGAAUUGCCAGGCUCAUUGAAUAUUGGAGGCCCGACUCUUGUUUCUCGGUACACAACUUCUUCGGCCAUACUCCUCUGAUGCAUGCGGCAGGCUCAGCAGAGGGACAACUCGACAUGGUCAAAUACUUCCUGAAGCGGACCAAAGACGUUAACGAGCGAGGCUCGGUGAGGGGCGAUACCGCUUUGAUGAUAUUAUGCACGCACCUGAGAACGCGCGACGAAGGCCUGAUGGCACGAUUGGUCACAUCACUCCUUGAUGCCGGGGCUGAUCCGAAUAUCUCGGAUAAAUGGGGCGAAACGCCCCUAGUCAACCCUUGCAGUGUAGGAGAUGCUGCCAUGGUCGAGCUGCUCCUCCGAGCGGGAGCCAGGCCUGACAUGUUAAGCAUACACCCGCCAAUCAUGCAUCCCCUCCGCGAAGCAAUCAUGCAACAUCACAAUGAGGUUGCCAGACUCUUGAUUGACUACGGUGUCGAUCUGAGCUUGCAUUUCCCAUGGCCGAACCUUCAGUUACCCUUAACAGCUGCCAUCACCGAACAAAACUUCGACAUCUUCAUGCUCCUCUUGGACAGAGUUGAAGAUAUCAAUCAGCUAGAUGGCAUGGGAUACGCUGCAAUUCAUUUGUUGACAGGCCCGCUGGGCAACGAUUGGCUACCGCAUCUUCUGAGACGACCUGAUGUCGACCUAGAGCUUCUCUCCAACGGUAUUUCGGGCGAUCGAAAGAAGUUUAUCCGCCGGACUGCGCUAAGCUUUGCCAUCGUUGACGAUAACUUCAAGGCGGUAGAGCUACUGUUGGAAGCUGGGGCAAGUCCAUGUCGUCACCCUGCAUCGCUUGACCAGACGCCCCUUUUGAUAGCGGUUGAAAUGGCGAGGACGACGAAAAACAAGGAAAGUGUGGAAGAAAGCGAGGUUGAUAUCAGCACGGGCAACACCGACAUAGUCGAGCUGCUCCUCGCCUACCAGUCGCCCAUCAAUACGUUGAAUUGGAAGUCGAAAAAGUACGCCAAGUCCCCAUUAAUGGUGGCCGUAGACUACAAGGACCAAAACAUGGUAGAACUCCUCCUGCGGCACGGAGCGGACCCAACCCUCGAAGAAGCCUACGGACUGCCAGGUCCUCUGGACGCCGCCAUGCUCGACGACGAAGACAUCGCUAUGGGGAUGAUCAAAGCUUUACUCGAGAAUCCUUUACCACCAAGCAUCAACUACGUCCCGGACAACCCAGACUUCCAGCAUAUCCUCAUCGAGGCGAGCGAUAUGGAGCCGGAGGUCACGCGGUUGCUUCUCGCCCACGGUGCUGACACGAAACGUUUCUUGUCCUACAUCCCCGGGUGCCUCACCACUCCCCUCCACCGGGCCGUGGAAGAAAACAACAUUGAGACUGCCAAAGUUCUUAUCGAACACGAGCCAGCCCUGGUGACCUACCAGUGCGAAGAAGGACUAGUCUACGAGACACCUCUUCACAUCGCUGCCAGAGACGGACACAUUGAGAUUGUGCGGUGUCUCCUCGAUGCGGGUGCUCAACCCAGCCUGGCCUCAUGCCAUUGGCAGGAAACACCGCUUUGGUUGGCCUGCGAAUCGGGAAGGCUAGAAAUUGCGCAAUUGCUCUACGAAAUGUCGCCAGAGGCACUGGAAGUCCCCUCUUAUGACGGCAAAACUCCUCUUAUGGUAGCCUGCGAAGAUGGCAACCUCCAACUGGUCCACUUUCUUCUGGACAAAGGCGCCGACAUCACAGCACGAUGCUCAAUGGGAGCAUCAUGUGUCUGUAGCACAGUUUCCGAGGACAACGGGGCGGCCUACAAGAUCAUCGAUCUGCUGCUCCAAAACGGCCUCGGCAUUGAUGAUGUCGUCAGCUCAACCGGGUUCACGGUGCUCGGAGAGGCCUGCAGGGCCGGAGACGUCCCGACUGUCCGGCUUUUGCUCGACAAGGGCGCGGAUCCGGCAAAGGGCCAGAAGUGGCCUGGAGAUACUUCCACUACGUGGAGGUCGGCGCUGCGGGUUGCCUCCUUGUACGAGUGUGUCAAGGUGAUUGAGGUGCUGCUCGAACAUCCUCAGCUAGCGUCUUUUAUCGAGAACGUUGACUAUUACGGCGACAAUGUGCUGCAUACCGACGGAUCAUACCACCAUCAGCAAGCUUCUGAAAUGGCCACGCUAGUAUACUCCGCGUGCGAGAAGUUGAAAGCCGAGACUGGCGUCGACCACUUCCAACGGAUGCUUGAUGUCAAGGACAGCGAUAUGCAUACGCCUUUAGACAUGGCGAUCAAUUUGCCGCACAGGGGCCUGAGCAGUGAGGCGACAAAAGUCAUUGACGUUUACUUAAAGCGCUACAUUGCGGAAUUGACGGACAUCGAAACUCGCACGUUUGCUCAGCACAAGCAUCUCAUGCGAGACAUCGCCGUCGUUCUCCUCGAGAGACGGGAAUAUGACGAGGAGGCCAUUCGUUUGUUCCAGGCUUUGAUAGUCGAUGUAUGGGUCACGAGAGAGGAGGGGCAGUGUCUCGAGACGGUGUUCUGCAUGGCCAACUGUGAUCUUUGCGACGAAGACGAGCAGGAGCAGGUCUCGUUUUGCCGGCUUUGCGGUCUCAGGGUUGGCAUGAAGUGCGUCGACGAGGCGAGGCUGCAGCACGAAAUGGUUGAUGUCCCUGUUAUCAAAGACCGCAGUAUCAUCGACCUCAACUCCGAGCCCGUCAACAAAAUCAUGGAACUUUUGAAGAACGACUUCAUUGUCACAGAAAGUCCUCGCGUAGUGGAGGAGAGCCUCACAACGUAUUUCCAGGUUGAGCCAGAGUCAGAGGACACAACUCUUUCGCUCGCCGUACUCCAUGCUUUCGGGUACCUGGAAUUCCGACGUCGGGCUUGGAGCCCUUACCUACCGCUGGCACCCGCAGUGUACAAACGAAUACAGCCUUGGGAGCCAAUGUUCACAGAACCGAGGCGAGACUUUGAAGAAUGGGUUUGGCAUAUCGAGACGUCGCCCUACAGGUUGCGGGACGAGCUGAAUUACUUUCUCGAGUCGGGCAGAAGAGUGGCGUACAAAGACGAGCAGGCGACGAGGCUGGAGCAGAUUCUGAGUGAUGUUGGGUGGUUGUACCCGCAACGUGAGGUUUAUGACGAUGACGAUUCGGGCGUUGUGAUUGAUGAGUAUUCCCGUAGCGCCGAGGAAAUGUUGGGGGGAAGAAGAAGAAGAUGAAAGGAUGUGUGGAGUAUUUGGCGGCCUGUCGUCAACGACUCGAGAUUGCCACGAUAUUAUGAC